UAAUGAUUUUAGAAUAAAUUUAAGAUUACCCAAGAUUAGAAUCAUUUCUAUACAUAUUAGGAAUAUUAGGAUUACUUAAAUUAUUGAAAGUCUUAAAUUUAAUUUGGUAAUUGAUACAUCCAAGUACUAAUCUAUAAAAAUAUGGAAUUGGAUCGUGGGUUUUAAUAACAGGAGCAUCAGAUGGGAUAGGAAAGUAAUUAGCAAUAUAGUUUUCAUAAAAAGGAUUUAAUAUAAUUUUAGUAGCUCGUAAUAAGUAAAAGUUAGAGGUUGUAGCAAAGUAAUUAAAAACUUAGUCACAUAUUAUCGUAACAGACUUUUCUUAAUCAAACGAUAAAAAUUUAUUCGAUCAAAUUAUGAAUUAAAUUGGUAAUAGAGAUGUUAGUAUUUUAAUAAAUAAUGUCGGAGUUGAUGUACUUAACAAAUUCCAUAUGUUAUCUGAUGAUGAGGUUUAUAAUACAAUAAUAGUGAAUUGUUUACCAAUAACGAUGCUUUCUAAGAGAUUUAUUCCUAGAUUCUUACAAAGAAAUAAAUAAAAAUCAGCAAUUAUUAAUGUUACCUCCUUAGCUGGAAAAUUUCCAACUCCAUAUUUUAAUGUAUACAGUGCUACCAAAGCAUAUGGAGAAUUUCUUACGACUACUUUAAAAGCUGAGUAUCCAGAAUUAGAGAUUUUCUCUCUAAGUCCAGGUGAAGUCUCAACAAAUAUGACUUAAAAUAGACCACCAAGUUUUCUUACUAUUUCUGCUUCAGAUUGUGCUAAUGGCCUAAUUAAAAGAAUGGGAUCAAAUACAAGUGGUCAUUGGAAUCAUGAAAUAUAAGCAGCUUUUUAAAAAAUUGUACCUGCUUGCUUCUAUAAUUUCGUAUUGAUCAAAGUUUUUAUAUAAUUCAUAUAUUUUAGAUACUUGCACCUAAAUGGCUUAAAGAAAGAUCAUUAAAUUAUAAACAUAAUAAAAUUGACUGACU